AUGCGAGACGAGAAACUCAAAAGGCAACAUCAUCCUACAUCAACAGAACCAGAAGGAAGGGAGCCUCCUGACUACCUGCCAAAAGGCCUAGAGCAGUGCAGAUUCUCACUUUCAUCGUCUGAUCAUAACCUCGUCUUGAUCUAUGAGCUGCCUCAAAGCCUUCGUCUGAAUGUCAGACGAACAACCCCCAAGAGAAGGAAGCCCCAUAGGGCGAGAGCACCCUUCCUCAGUACCAAAUGGAACGAAAAGGGCAAAUGUCUUCUUGCUAUUCAAUUUCAUUCAAAGAGUGAGAACAUCUGCUUGCUUGGUGAACAGAACCUAAAGGGCAAGAGUCAUUGUACUGGUAGGCAAACAAGCUGCACGGGAAAUCCAGAAGGCCAGAGCAUUCUAGAUAUCUCGACUCUUGCAUCAUCGAACCCUGAGUUGUUCUGGAAGGUAGUAGACUCCAAACUCCAAGCACCUCGUCGUGUUCAUAAACUCGCUCCUGAUGCCGCUACCGCUUUGAUGCAUAACGCCUUGACCUAA